CGCGCAGUCGCAUGCAGUGCACGGGCUCGUGGUGGAGCGCAGUCGCAGACAGUGCGCAUUGCCGGUGUGGUUCUCGCUGAUGCGUGCCUCUUCUCCUCCUCCUUUUCUGGAUAUGUGUUCGUGUUUUUUUGCACUUUGGGGUUUAUACAGUACGGAAUAUUAGUUCAGUGGACGCAGCGCUGAUCGUUACAGAUCAUGUCCACCAUGGUUUAUCCUCAUGAAGAAAGACUAGAGAAGAUGACACAGGAGGAGAUCAUCUCCAGCACCAAACUGGUUAUCCAGGGCCUGGAAGCUCUGAAAAGCGAGCACAACUCUAUACUGAAGAGUCUUGUGGAAACCAUCCAGUGUUUGAAGAAGGAUGAGGAUGCUAGUUCAGUUCACGAGAAGUCAAAUCUUCUCCGCAAGUCUGUGGAGAUGAUCGAACUGGGCCUAGGUGAAGCACAGGUCAUGAUGGCUUUGGCCAAUCACCUGGGCACGGUGGAGUCGGAGAAACAGAAGUUACGAGCUCAGGUGCGACGGCUCUGUCAGGAGAAUCAGUGGCUGAGAGAUGAGCUGGCCAACACCCAGCAGAAACUUCAGAAGAGUGAACAAAACGUCGCCCAACUAGAAGAGGAGAAGAAACAUCUGGAGUUCAUGAAUCAGCUAAAAAAAUAUGACGACGGUGUCUCAGAAGCGGGAGAUAAAACUAGUGAAACUCCAAAAGACCCACUGGACGAUCUGUUUCCUAAUGAUGAAGAUGAGCAAGGCCCACACCAGCACAACAGUGCAGCAGUUGCUGCCGCUCAGCAGGGUGGGUACGAGAUACCGGCCCGUCUCCGAACCCUUCAUAACCUGGUCAUCCAGUAUGCUUCUCAAGGCCGGUACGAGGUGGCCGUGCCGCUCUGCAAACAGGCUUUAGAGGACUUGGAAAAAACAUCUGGACACGACCAUCCUGAUGUAGCCACUAUGUUGAACAUCCUGGCUCUGGUUUACAGGGAUCAGAAUAAAUACAAGGAGGCUGCCCACCUCCUCAAUGACGCCCUGUCAAUCAGAGAAAAGACCCUCGGUAGAGACCAUCCAGCAGUUGCAGCCACUCUGAACAACUUGGCCGUCCUGUAUGGAAAAAGAGGAAAAUAUACGGAGGCAGAACCUCUGUGUAAGAGAGCGCUGGAGAUCAGAGAAAAGGUGUUGGGCCGUGAUCAUCCAGACGUGGCUAAACAGCUGAAUAAUUUGGCUCUGCUGUGUCAGAAUCAAGGGAAAUAUGAAGAGGUGGAGUAUUAUUACUGCAGAGCUCUAGAUAUCUAUGAGACGAAACUUGGACAGGAUGACCCCAAUGUUGCCAAGACCAAAAACAACCUGGCGUCGUGUUAUCUGAAACAGGGCAAGUACAAGGAAGCUGAAAUUCUGUAUAAAGAGAUCCUGACACGUGCUCACGAGAAGGAGUUUGGAUCUGUUGAUGUUGAAAAUAAGCCCAUCUGGAUGCAUGCUGAAGAAAGAGAGGAGAGAAAAGGACAGAUAACAGAAGGAAAGCAUGGAGAAUAUGGUGGCUGGUACAAAACCUGCAAGGUGAACAGUCCCACAGUAAACACCACACUGAAGAACCUCAGCGCUCUGUACCGUAAACAGGGUAAACUAGAGGCGGCUGAGACUUUAGAGGAAUGCGCCAUCAGAUCCCGCAGACAGGGAGCAUCAGUCGAUCCUCAGAGAGAUGGUGGCAGAAGACGAAGCACUUCAUCUGUGUCCAGUAUCAGAUAUGACUGCAGCAGUGAGACUGGAGAUGAGGGCAGUGUGGAGUGGAAUGGGGAUUAAACUCAUCUUCUCAUCUUCUUCAUCACUGUCUGCUUCUACAUUAAACGACAUCUGUCUGAUCUGAAUGAAUCCUCAGGUUUCCUCUCUGCUCUGCGGCGUCUCUGAAGAGCUUUAACUCUUUCCAAAGUCGGAUAUCUUACAUUCCCUGUCUGUAUAUUUUCUGUCUGUCUGUCUCUGUCAUGCCUGAUUCUUCUGCCGACAUUUUUGAUCGGUUUGCUUUUUCCUCUGUUCUUUGUCUUUAUUGUACUCUUGUGUAAUAUUGCAUACAGUGGCAAGAAAAAGUAUGUAAACCCCUAUAUACACAUUGUUUAUUCCUAGGGGUUUACAUACUUUUUGCUUGUCACUGUAUAUUUAUAUUAUUACAUUAGCACAAUUAAUAGCACAAUUAUUGUUAUAUACAACUAAAUGUAAUGAUAUCUAUCGCUGCAGGAUCAUAGCAGGGAUUUCUGGUAAUUCCACAUAUUUAGCCUCAUGAAUAAAGGAAAAUGUUUUAUGUAAAUGAAUACCCUGGUGUCUACAGUACAGAUCCACACCUACGUAUGUUAACCUUUAAUCUACAGUGUUAAUAUGUAAUAUCAAUAUGAGCGCAUAUUUAUAUACAAGUAAAAGGAACGUCUAUAUUCAAAUAUACUAUGAUACACAGAUUAUCAGUUAGUCUCAUAAUGGCAUGAUAUGUUGGUAAUACCUUCUGCGACUUUGCACAUAUACCAAAAUACAACAAAAUCACGUGUCUUUUACAUAUUAAAUCUACGUUUUCUUUGUCUACAUUAUCAUGGUGUUAAGAAAGGUUUACUGAAGAAACAUUGAUUUUGAGAUGAAUGAGGGCAGCUCUUGUUAAAGGAUUA